GUGUGAGUGAGUGAGUGUGUGAAUGGGUUUCUUCUGUGUGUGUGUGUGUGUUAGCGCCGGGGUUGUGCUGUAGUGAGUGUUUGCGAUGCUCUCCUCGUAAACUCCGCGUUAUUGCGGAAUCAGCUGCCGGUGUCCGUGUAUGAGUGAAGAUGCAUUAGAGACGCCUGUGUUCCUCACGGGACCUCCGUCUCGCUGUACUGUCGAACCCUGAGCCCAAACCCCGGUGGUGUCCGCUGUGCUCCAGAACCAUGUGAGGGCUUUCUGAUGCAUCUGUGAGUGGACUGGAGCACUGCCUGUAACCCCGCCCCAGUUUAUACAAGGCCCGCCCCUCCCUUCAGCCCCGCCCCCUACGCCCUCAUCCAUCCGGCCACCACGCUGGAGGACCGCACCUCGCUGGCCAUGUGGCUCAACCACCUGGAGGAGCAGCUGUCUGCGCGGCCGCCGCCCCCCGGGCCGUACCAUCACUGCCGGCAGGGGUCGGACGAGUGGCCCUGCUCCGCCGAAGCUCUGGAGAGCGGCUACAGCUGGCAGGAGAAGCUGCCGUCCACAUGCAGCUCGCCGGCCUCGCACAACGGACACAUGCCUUUCCCUGCGGCGGGUGGAGUCAGCUCACCUGUCAACAGCAGCAGCACAGGACUGCCUGGUCAGGUGCAGCCGAGCCCACUGAAGCCCUCGAUGUCACUCGCGCCUGCCAAUCAAACGGCCUGCAGCUCUGAUUGGCUGAGCCAGGAUGAGGGCGUGGUCUGUCAGGGCAUGUCUGGGGCUGAACACGCCCCCCUUUCUCCGCAGAGCAGCGUGGCGUCGUCCGGCAGCGAGCAGACGGAGGAACAGACCAACAUGCGCAACACUUUCCAGGAGGACGGCAGCGGCAUGAAAGAUGUGCCGGCCUGGCUGAAGAGUCUUCGUCUGCAUAAAUACGCAUCGCUCUUUUCUCAGAUGACGUAUGAAGAAAUGAUGAUUCUCACAGAGCAGCAUCUGGAGUCGCAGAACGUGACGAAAGGAGCUCGACAUAAGAUUGCUCUGAGCAUACAGAAGCUCAGAGAGCGCCAGAGCGUCCUGAGGUCUCUAGAAAAGGAUAUUCUGGAAGGCGGGAACGUCCGGAAUGCUUUACAGGAGCUUCAGCAGAUCAUCAUCACGCCAAUCAAAGUCUAUGCCCCGCCCACUGCUGCCCAGAAGGAGGUGGAGCCUGGAGUUACACCUGUGGAGAAGGCAGCCAAUCCCGGUGAAGAGAAGGAAACGGAGGGCUUUCAGACCCACAAUCCCCCAGCGUGUGACGGAGAGUCCUCAUCUCCACCCAUUGCUGACGGAGACAUCACAGGACAGUUCACACGCGUGAUGGGGAAAGUGUGUACGCAGCUGUUGGUGUCCAGGCCGGAUGAGGAGAACAUCAGCUGUUACCUACAACUCCUAGAGAAAUGUCUGACGCACGAGGCGUUUACAGAGACGCAGAAGAAGCGUCUGUUGUCGUGGAAACAGCAGGUGUUGAAGCUGCUCCGUCUGUUUCCCAGGAAACCCAUGAUGGACAGCGCAGUGUACCGGAGAGGGUGGCCGGCGUACGGCUCUAACUCUCUGCCCACAGCUGGAUCUGUGAGUGCGGGUUUGGGCCGGCGGGGGCAGAGAGGCUUCCAGAUCCCCCCGCGAGGAGCUCCUCCAUCGGGACGCAUCAGUCUGAUGACUGCUGGAGCUCUGAGCGGAGCGUCCCCGCGACACACACUCGCCAACCCUACUGCUGUCAGCGCGCAGGGACGACAGAACCUGUGGUUUGGGAAUCCCGGCGGCAGCAACAGUAUGCCGAGUCAGAGCAGAAGUUCAGUCCAGAGAACUCACUCACUUCCUGUUCACACGUCUCCUCAGACCAUGCUCCUGUUCCAGCAGCAAGAAUGCCAAGUUCCAGGGACUGAUCUGGAGAUCAACCCCACGCUGGAGUCUCUGUGCCUCAGCAUGACAGAGCACGCCUUAGGAGACGGCAUGGACCGAACGUCAACGAUAUGAACAUGGAGAGCUGAAGAGGAUUCUGGAUGUCUGCGUCAUCCGGCCGGCGCUCCAGUAGCCCAGCACACACACACAUAUACACACACACACAGCAGUCACUACAGCUCACACACACACACACACACACCACUAACUGUGUAUAUGUCCUCUAAUAUUUUUCUACUUUAUUGUACUUAACUAAGUUUAUUAUAAAGGAAAUACAGAAAACUAUUAUAUUACGGAAGGGAGAGCAGGAAGUGGAGUGAGCGAGCGAGUGAGCGAGCGUUCUGAUUGGCCGUGAGGAGGAAUGGUGCUGAAUAAGGGCUCCGGGGCCUGGCCGUUCAUCUAGAUGUGCGUUUACAUCACUUCCUGUGUCCAUCUGCCUGCAUGAACUCUGGUGACGGACUUCCUCCUGUGGCUUUGGUUGGUUUCUUGUCUCUGUCCAGGUACCAGAGGUGUUCUUAGCACUUAUAUCUCCACGUACAGAUGUUUACGGGCCGCCGGCGUCUGUGAAUACAGCAGGACAUCA